GAUGUUCUUAUGUCCACUCUGGGACAGGCAGGAAAUACCAACUGGAACCUGGCAAGGUUUUCAGGCCCUGGUGGUUCCCUCAGCAGCCAGGAGAAAGGGCAGACAAAAUAAUGCCAUGGUCCAGGAAGCCCCUGUUUCUGGGUACACUGUGCCUCAGGCUCUUCACUCAUGACUGAAGGGCCACAAUGCCUGCACUGUGUGGCCCCUGGACCAAGUUUCCAAAGAUGUGGAACAAUCAGCCAUGGGCUAAUUGGCUGUGGUAAUGCCUGGGGAGGAGGCAAGGCACGUGCACACAGCACCAUGUCAGAAGGGCCAUUGUGGGGAGGUGUUAUUGUUCAGUGGGUGCAGCAAGGGCGGAUCAGCCAGCUGGGCCUGGGAAAUUGUUAUUUACAGUUUCUGAGCUUUUAAAAGAAGUGCAGCCCAGAGCCUGUUCUGCAUUCAGGGCGACAGCAUCCACCAUGAGGGCUGUGGUGACCAUGGUGUCCCUGUUCUUCCUGGGCAUUCCGGCACUGUGUCAGUGGAGCUACUCAGGGGAUUACCCACAAUUAAAUGAGUGGUCUGAGAAGUACCCUACUUGCGGGGGACAGAGGCAGUCGCCCAUCGACUUGCAGACGGGGAAGGUGAAAUACAACAAGACCUUGAGGUCGCCGAUCAUGGUCAACUAUGAGGAGGAGGAGCUGGAGUUCCCCAUGACUAACAACGGACACUCAGUGCAGAUCACCCUGCCCGACAGCAUGCACAUGAUAGACUCUGACGGCACUACAUACACAGCUGUGCAGAUGCACUUGCACUGGGGAGGCGGAUUCCCAGAAAUCACCGGCUCUGAACACACCAUUGAUGGGAUGAGACGUGCAAUGGAGGUUCAUGUUGUUCAUUACAAUGCAAACUACAAGAGCUUUGAGAAAGCCAAGGAGCAACCUGACGGUUUGUCUGUGGUGGCGUUCUUGGUUGAGAUUGACGAUUACGCUGAGAAUACUUACUACAGCAGCUUUAUUUCUGAGUUGGCCAACGUCAGGAACCCAGGAGAGACCACAGCUCUGAAGAAGGUUAACAUUCGGAACAUGCUGCCUCAAGACAUCCAGCACUAUUACACCUACCUCGGCUCGCUCACCACUCCGCCCUGCACAGAGAACGUCAAGUGGUUUGUGUUUCAAGAUACCACCAAGCUCUCCAAGGCCCAGGUCAUGAAAAUAGAGAAUUCUAUCAAGGAUCCCAACAACCGGACCCUUCAAAAUAAUUACCGCGAGACCCAGCCCCGCAACGGGAGAGUCGUGGAAGCCAAUUUCCAACGAUCGCUGGGUUGCCAUCCAUGAGAAGAAGUAAGCUACAUCAGA